AAGACUCAAUCUCUGAGUAGUGUGCAAAAUAGCCUGAAGUGGUAAAUACGCCGUGGAUAAAUAAGGUGUCCACUCACUUAAGAGGAUCGCUCUUUUCACUUUAUAAGUGACAGCAGCUUAACAGCUAUGAACUGGAACAAGGGGGGUUCGGGCGGCAAGCGAGGCUUUGGAUUUGGAGGGUUCUCCCUUUCUUCGAGUGGGAAGAAAGAGGAACCUCGAGGACCUCCGAAGGCCCACUCUGCAUUUGGAGGGUCAGGAUCAUCUGGUGGAUAUGGCAAGAAUCAGCAGCUUUCGUCAUUCUACAAAAUUGGAACAAAGCGAGCCAAUUUCGACGAGGAGAAUGCAUAUUUUGAGGAUGACGAAGAGGAGUCUAGCAGCAUAGAUUUGCCAUAUAUACCAGCAGAGAACUCUCCCACAAGGCAGCAGUUCAAAUCUGGUGGUGGAGGAGGAGGAGGCUCAGACAGUGAGGAUGACCCACUUGAUGCCUUUAUGGCUGAGGUGGAGGACCAAGCAGCAAAGGACAUGAAGAAACUGGAGGAGAAAGAAAAAGAGAAAAAGUUGGCCAAGGGUAUACGAGAUGACAUUGAAGAGGAAGAUGACCAAGAAGCAUAUUUUCGGUACAUGGCAGAGAACCCUACAGCUGGGCUGUCCCAAGAGGAAGAAGAGGAAGAAGUGGACUAUGACAGUGAUGGGAACCCCAUUGCCCCCACUACCAAAAAGAUUAUCUUGCCCCUACCCCCCAUUGACCAUUCUGAGAUUGACUAUCCUCCCUUUGAGAAGAACUUCUAUAUUGAGCAUGAAGAACUCGGCAGCUUGACUGGUAUACAAGUGGUGGAACUGAGGCAGAAACUUAACCUGAAAGUAUCAGGUGCAGCCCCACCGAAACCAGCCACCAGUUUUGCCCACUUUGGUUUAGACGAGCAGCUCAUGCACCAGAUCCGUAAAUCAGAGUACACUCAACCCACACCCAUCCAGUGCCAGGGUGUUCCCAUAGCUUUGAGUGGCAGAGAUAUGAUUGGCAUAGCCAAAACUGGCAGCGGAAAGACUGCAGCUUUUAUUUGGCCAAUACUGGUGCACAUCAUGGACCAGAAAGAGCUGGAACCAGGAGAGGGACCCAUUGCUGUGAUUGUCUGCCCAACUAGAGAGCUCUGUCAACAGAUCCAUGCUGAAUGCAAGCGCUUUGGGAAGGUAUAUGGCCUGCGUUCAGUGGCAGUGUAUGGAGGAGGCAGCAUGUGGGAACAAGCCAAAGCUCUACAAGAAGGAGCAGAAAUUGUUGUCUGCACCCCGGGACGUCUAAUCGAUCAUGUGAAGAAGAAGGCUACAUCUCUGCAGCGAGUGACCUACCUGGUAUUUGACGAGGCUGAUCGCAUGUUUGACAUGGGCUUUGAGUAUCAAGUGAGAUCCAUUGCCAGUCAUGUCAGACCUGAUAGACAGACUCUGCUAUUCAGUGCAACAUUUCGGAAGAAAAUCGAGAAGUUGGCACGAGACAUUUUGGUCGAUCCGAUCCGGGUUGUGCAGGGAGACAUAGGAGAGGCUAAUGAAGAUGUUACUCAGAUCGUGGAGAUACUGCAGACUGGGCAGGAGAAGUGGGGUUGGCUGACACGCAGGCUGGUGGAGUUCACCUCAGCUGGCUCUGUACUGAUCUUUGUCACUAAGAAGGCCAACUGCGACGAGCUGGCUACAAAUUUGACUCAGGAAGGUUAUAGCCUUGGACUGCUCCACGGAGACAUGGAUCAGAGCGAGAGGAACAAGGUCAUUACUGACUUCAAGAAGAAGAAUCUGCCUGUAUUGGUAGCUACUGAUGUAGCUGCUCGUGGAUUGGAUAUUCCAUCUAUCCGUACAGUUGUUAACUACGACGUAGCACGGGACAUUGAUACACAUACACAUCGAAUUGGUAGAACAGGUCGUGCAGGGGAGAAGGGUGUGGCUUACACUCUGCUCACCAAUAAAGACACUUCAUUUGCUGGUGACCUGGUUCGCAAUCUAGAGGGAGCCAAUCAGAGUGUUUCAAAGGUGCUGAUGGAUCUGGCAAUGCAGAAUCCAUGGUUCAGGAAAUCACGCUUUAAGGGAGGGAAAGGGAAGAAGCUUAAUAUCGGAGGUGGAGGCUUGGGUUACAGAGAGAGACCUGGUCUUGGAUCUGAAACCUCUGAGCGCAGUGGUGGUAGUGCUCUUGGAAACUAUGAAGCUUUCAAACCCCCCACUGGAGCCAUGGGAGACCGCAUGUCUGCCCUGAGACAAGCAUUUCAGGCUCAGUAUAAAAACCGCUUUGUGGCAGCAUCUGGUGUCGCUCCCAAACUCACCACAAAGUCCAGCAGCUCCUCUGGAUGGACCAGUGCAGGAAGUCUGAGUUCUCUGCCUUCAGGAGCACCUGAAGGGCCUGACAGACCCCACUUACCCUACUCAGCAGCAUCAUCCUCACCCUCUUCCUCCAUGGCGCCGCCACCUCCUGCCCUUAGCACUGGGACCAAAAUGAGCGGCUUCAGCAGCGCAGGCUCUCUGAGCUCUAUAUCAGACUCUUACUCCAGCUCUUCCUCAAAAGAGGGCUCACGAAGUGAAAAGAAUACUGAUGACAGGGGUCGUCAUGGAGAUCAUUAUCGUCAUGGUGAGAGGCACAGUGGGGGAGAUCGCGAUCGCCACGGGGAAAGGGACCGCCAUGGAGACAGAGACCGCCAUAGUGACCGAGAUCGUCAUGCCGAUAGCCGAAAUGGUGAAGGAAGUCAUAGGGACAGAGAGAGUCGAUCAGAAAGAGAUGUGGGGGAGAGGUCAGUGACUAAUAAAGACAGCUUUGCUGUUCCUGAUCCCCCCAAACGUAAAAAAAGCAGAUGGGACAAUUAAGUGUACAGGAUAGAAGCAGUCAAGUGUUCUUAGAUAGAAGACACAGCUUAACCAUUCUCCCUAGCAGUGUCUUUAUUUGUCUGCUUGUCUUUUUGUCUAUUUGUGAGGUGAAGCUGUAUUAAGGGUGCUUUAGGGCACACAGCCACAAUGUCAUUCUUGCCGUUCUGCAAAUCCAUCCAAGGCAGGCUGCUUUAGCUAUGUAAAGCUGUGAAUUGAUAAGAUAUGUAACCGAUUGCAUCUUGAAACAACGGCCAAACAUCUGAACGUUGUCUUAAAAUGUAGAUGUACUUGCUCAAUGGCACACUAGUGAUUUUUCUUUUUAUAUACUUCUGAAGAAAUUAAUAGGAUAAGAAAAAUGUUGAUUGUCUGUGUAACUGAGAAAUUUAAUAAUAACUGCAAAUUUUGAUUUCAGAACAUCCGAGUUAUGAUUUGUGAAUAUCUAUUUUACGACUUUGAGGUUAUCUGGUGUAAUGUGUGCUAUAACAUGCUUGAAACACCACCAGUUUUCUAAGUUAAAUGUCUGUCAGUAAGUUUGUCUGAUUUUUAUUCCGUUCAUACUCUUUUUAUAUUUUCAUUUCAAACAUUUACCAUUAGAAAUUUUGUUUUUUGUCAUGAAAGAUAAAAACUGUCCAAUAUGUCUCUGUUGCCCUGCAUAUAAUAUAGGUCAAGUUAAUUACAUUUCAUUUAGCACAUCUAUACACCCAUUUUGAUCACAGUAAGAAUUUGAAUGGGGAGAAAACAUUCAUGAGUCUACAAUAAAAUCAAUGCUAUAUGUUAAGAGGCCAGUAAAAAUAAGGGCCACUAAAUUACUCCAUUUAGCAGUCUCUUGUGAUGUUUACUGUUGAUGUUAGGACAACCUUACAAUCAAAACCUGGCUUUAGGAAACAUGUUAAUCUUUAUUCUAGGUUGCAAUUCUGUAUGUGGCCAUGUUUCUGAAUUAAUAAUAAUAAUAAAAAGCAUCGGAGGGUAUU